UGAAGUUUUCAGAGGAUUUUAACCUUGUAAUUCUACAUCUGUCUGUGUGCUUCUGGCCACCCCAGGUGGAGUCGCAUGAAAAUGCGCAAACGACGAUUUCCUAAGUUACCAGGCAUGAGACAGUGUGUCAAAUUGUAUUUUUAAAUUGUAUGUUUGUAUCUCUUGUGUGCCUGUUUUUAAUUAGCAUGUUUAUUAAUUAGCUUAAGGUCACUGAGACAGAUUGGUAACUAAUUAUUUUGACACCAGAAGGUUCUUUUUUACCAAGCCCCACCUCUUUUAUCUAGGGGUUAAUACUGGAGUUUACAAAAAGAAUAUUCCUAUUGAUUUUAGUUCUUAAUACUGGACAAGGAUUAAGUUUCUGACCCUAUCGCUGCCACCGACUGGUUAUGUAAUCUUGAGAGUCACCUAAUCUCUGGACAUGUUUUCUCAUUUAUAAAAUGGAGUUGGACUAAAUAUUUGAAGUUUCCAACUCUGAAAUUUAAUGCUACUGUAGGAUUUACAAGGGACACCGUUUUUCAAAGCUCUUACCUUGUUUUUAAAUCACAGUGGCUUACAGUGUAGACAAGAGAUAAAACUGUAGACGGCAGACAGCCAGCUAUGGUCAUCAGACGACUUUUACUGUGAUGGCAACUGUAUUCUGCCAGGUUCCAGGCGUUUUAAAAGAAGUAGGGGAAAUUCUGGCAGUGGUCUUCCAGCCCUUUAAAUACCUUCUACCUGGCCUGUCACGAUGAAAUGCUGGACAGAAACUUGUCAUGCACCGCUUGAUGCCAGAAUUGACAGGGAACAAGGCUGCGGCCACUGCUGUCAUCUGUCAUCUUGGCAGCUGCUGAGCCCUGGCGACCUCGGAGUUGUCUCCAUUUUCCUCACUCUACACUCGCUCCGCAGAGGGUUCACCUGUCAGACUAAUUUAACAGAGGUGUCGAUCCUUAGACACUUAUUUCGGAUUAAUUCCUGUCUAGUUUGACACUUAGGCCCGCAGCGCUAUUUCCUAGAUUACUUCAAUAACUCCUGUUUCUCCCCUUUCCAGUAUAUUCUGGACCUUAUGUUCAUAAAACAUACCCUUGUGUAAAAACUGAAAGGGCCGAUUCCAAACUCUUCCACCAGCUUCGAAGGGAAAUAGAGCCAGAAUAACCAUUUACGGAGCAUCUUCCGUGCGCAAGGGUCCACGUGAGAUCCUUCUCGCCCAGCCUGGUCCUGCGCACCGUGCGUGCUUAUACCUGCUUCAGCGAGGGGAAACUGAGGCUCAGAUAUGUCGAGUCCCCUGCCCAGCAACCGGGCAGAGCAAGCCCGGAACCCGAGAUCGUUCCCCGUGUCCACACGUCUGCGUCGUGAGGACUGAAGUCACCAGCACCCUGCUUCCAUUCCGGUGCACCCACUGUCCCCUGUCUCCCUAAGCGUAGAAGAAUUAAAGGAAUGUAAUAUGACGAUGACAUAAUUCGAUAUAACCCAGCAACAACUUUUCCUGCUUCAGCAUGUUAAAAAAUAAGGGUCAUUCAUCCAAACAAGGUAAAUUAGAUAAAUUAGCAGUCACUGCGGUUGCUUUACAAGAUCACAUUUUACACGAUCUCCAACUUCGAAAUCUUUCAGUAGCAGAUCAUUCUAAGACAAAUGUAGCAAAAAGAGAGGACAGAUCCAAACCUCUAAAAAGACAUACGAAAGCAGUGAUAGAUACGGGACUUCACAAAACGACACUGGGCCCAAAAGUGGAAGAUCCGGAAAAAGAAUACGUUCUUGACCCAAAACCGCCUCCGUUAACUUUAGCGCAGAAGCUGGGCCUGUUUGACCCUCCCCCGUUGCCACUGUCCCCAGACGAGUGGGGAAAAGUGAAACAGAGGUCCAUCUCGCAAGGGGACUCCACGCAGCCCUGCCCCAUCUGCAAGGAAGAAUUUGAACUUCGCCCCCAGGUGCUGCUUUCAUGCUCCCACGUGUUUCACAGAGCAUGCCUUCAGGCUUUUGAGAAGUUCACGAAUAAGAAAACCUGUCCCCUGUGCAGAAGGAACCAGUAUCAAACCAGAGUGAUCCACGACGGGGCGCGGCUGUUCAAAGCGAAGUGCGCCACCAGGAUCCAAGCCUGCUGGAGGGGACACGUGGUGAGGAAGUGGUACCGGGACCUGAGGAGGACGCUGCCUCCCACGGACGCCAAGCUGAGGAGAAAAUUCUUUGAAGAGAAGUUCACGGAGAUCAGCCACCGCAUCCUGUGCUCCUACGACACGGACAUAGACGAGCUCUUCGCAGAAAUCGACCACUGCCUGGCCAUAAACCGCAGCAUUCUGCAGCAGCUGGAGGACAAGUGCGGCCACAAGCUCACGGACGAGGACUGGCAGAGAAUCCGGGCGCAGGCGCAGCACCGGGAGGCCCGCGAGUGUCCCAUCUGCCUCACCCCGCUGUCCAUGGGCAGCGACGGCCCGGGCGAGCCGCCGGGGCCGGGCGGCGGCCAGCCCUGCCGGGAGACGGUGCUGCUGUCCUGCUCACACACGUUCCACCACGCCUGCCUGCUCGCCCUGGAGGCCUUCUCCUGGGGCGACAGCUCCCCCUUCCACGCCUGUCCCCUCUGCCGCUCUUGCUACCAGAAGAGAGUCCUCGAAAGUUGAUUCAUGGCCGGGAAGUGUCCUGUCGUUCCGGGGGGAAGGCCACCGUCCCCCGGACGCACCGUGGCACAGCGCAGCCCGGGUCAGCGCCGAUUAGUAACUAGUGGACUUGGCGGUCGCGCAGAGGACACGUUGUAACUAUGCCGUCAAAGCGCACAGCCCGGCAGCUUCCUUCCGUCUUCAUAAAAAGAUUUCAAAUCCACGAGUCGCAGCACGUGAAACAAGCGAGGAGCGGACGGCGACUUCCGGAGGCCCCACAUCCCGCCCCCCAGGCUGCUCGCGGCCCAGCGGGGUCGCUCAGCACAGCCCGUCACCCCCUUCCUUGCACGGCCAUCCGAUCAGCGGGCCCUGCCCACGGAGUCCCCACGGGCACCGGUGGGCCUGUCAGGCGGGUCCCAGCGGCCAGCACACACGGCAGUGUCUGACCACAUGCCCGAUGCCUGAAAACGCUCCUCGAACGCAGCGUCCUGAGGCCCCGCACCGUUCCUAGUCCUGUUCUGUACCGGUUUCUUGCUUUCUGCGUAAUAAACCACCUUGGACUUCAGCACCCCCAACACGCAAACGCGAAUGUCAAACUAAAACACCCGGCGGCGUCCGGCUUCAGAGGACGACGGCCCAGCACGUUCUCGCCACGCAGAGCCAGCCGCCGGCUGUUUCGGCUCACACGUGGGGAGUGCGUGACCGGCUUGGAGCAGGUCGUCCUGACUGUGCACGCUCCCUGGGGCCUGACUGCCGAAUAAGCGAGGACAGUUGUAGGGCUCGGGCACCCAGCUGCCGUAACAGACAAGGCUCACAAAGAGGCUACACAGCCCGGCGGCGGCGGGUCUGGGGACAGAGGCUCUGCUCUCAGUGGCCUGGGCUAUGGCUCCUUCUGGCUCGUGGCUCAUGGCUCGUGGCUUGGCCUCCCGUGUGCCCCGAGUCCCCAGGGACUGCUCCCAUGUGCUGGGGAAGAGCAGGCAGAGGUGUCUGCGGGCCAAGCGUGGGCACAUGGGCACAGCUCCUGCAGCCGCAGCUGAUGGCAGGCACGGAGACAGUGGACGGGGGGCAGACGCACAGGUGCACACGUGUCAAGGGUGCAGGUCAGUCCCCAUGUGGUACGGGAAGAAACACACACACAGAUUUCCACUUCUACCUCAUCCCCGUGAGGUGCUUGUCUGGUGUGCUUUCCUCGUAGGUAGCUGCGCACCCACGGCCUGCUCGGGGCUCAUCACCCAGUGUGGACAGCAGAGGGAAGCUGGGGCAUGGGCCGUGUCCCCACCCAGAAGGCCCUGGGGCAGACUCGUCCCUCCCCAGCCCCAACAGGCAGCGCAGAGCCAUGUCACCGAGGCCUGGGCGGUCUGAGGCCACGCCCCAACCUGGAACCUGGAGGGAGAGGCCUGGGUCACUCGGUGACAGCGAAUGCUCUACGGGCUUGGCUCCCGGGCGCGGUGGCUACGUGUCCCUGCCUGCUUCCUGGACGCUUUCUUGAGAUUUCCCAGAGCCCGUGAGCUGUCACAUGUCCCUCUGGUACACUCCUUUCCUGCUUCAGUGGGCAGAGUACAUUUCUAUUCUUUGCAAUCAAGUACUUUACUGACAUAGGACUGAGUUGUAGGCGACAGAUAAAAAAAUUUGGGGGGUGGGGUGGUAGGGAGACCUGGGACUGGUCACCCGGAUGAAAACCGAGGCGUGUCAGGGGCGAGGAGCAGGGAGCGGCGGCCGUCAGCGGAAACAGGACAUCUGCACUGAAAAGCCUGCUGCAGUGGCAUGGCCGCCAGGGGCGUGGGGACACCAAGCUGCCACCGGAGCAGAAAGCAGGGCUUUGGGCGGUUUGAAGAUGACAACACAUUCUUCGUUCAGUCAGGUCACAAAAACCACCCAUACCUUUCCCCGAUCAUAUGGCAGCCUCGUCAGCUCUCGUGAAAGCUGGGUCAGUGACCGAGGAGCAGCUGGGGCCGGGACGAGGGCGGGCUGGCUGGAGGGCUCCGAGAGGGAAACUGUGACGCCCUUUAAACCUGUCGUCCUAAUCCGCACAUCUCUGCAGUUAUUCAAAAGCAGCGUUUUUUCAUUCGCGGGCGGUUCGGGGCUUUGUUAACUGUUGCGAUGAGCGAAUCCCAGCCUCUUUCCGUCUGCGGGAGCGUGGCCGCGACCUCCGUUCGCGGACGCGGUUGGGCAUGUGCGGUGGGCUCCGCGGGGACACGUUCCCCGAGCCCGGUGAAUCUGGUUUCUGGCACCUGCCACCAGCGGUGUGAGGAAUGCGGGACAGCAGACUCAGGCGAAGCGAAGGGAGGAA